AUGUUCGCCCGUACCUUCAUCACCUACGUUGCCAUUGCCGCCCUCGCAGUCGUUUCUAUGGCCAGCGCGGCCCCCGCUCCCCCCACCAUCCGUACCGCCCCCGCCGUCGCCCAGACCAUGGAUGGCCCUGACUUCCUUCCCGUCCCCAAGGAGAUGUUCCCUAUGUGCUGCCACUACAAGAUCGACUCCUGCUGCAAUGAUCCCCGAUAA